ACAGAGAUACGUGCUAUGUCUGCAGAUUUGAAAGUGUUGCGCGCGUGUGGCGUGGCGCGAGGGUGGGAUGCGAGGGAGACGGCGAGGCGGUCGCAGGCGCCGCGAGUAGCCGCGAACAUGCGGAGCCCGCGCCGCACCGCACACCUCACCGCAUGCCUGCUCGUGCUUGCCGCAUACAUUGCCGACAACGCCGUCGCAGCCUCCUCCGCUGUUAUCAAAGGCCAACGCGCAGCGUGUUCUAACGAAGGCGAGCCCGUCCGGCUGCAAGACGCAAGGCUCGAACAAGAUUGGAGCAGCUGUUUCCGCUGCAUUUGUAAGAACGGUUUCGUCGAGUGCCGGAGUGGAGUAGAAGAGUGCGUGCAGAUGGAUGACUGUGCUGUCGUGAUGCCUCGCGAGGGCUGCUGCGCGCGGUGCAAAGGAUGUUGGUACAACGGCACCGAACACGCCUCGCACACCGAGUGGAACGAGGAGGGGAAACUGCUGCGAUGUGAGGCUGGAGUAGUCACUAUAUCCAGGCCGGAGUGUUACGCGCCAUGCGACAGGCCGAAGCAUCAGCGGCACACGCACUAUAACUGUCCAGUUUGUGAUGAGUGUGUGAUCAACGGCCAGCGCGUGUGGGAGGGCCGCGACGUGCGCGUGCCGGAGGAGCCGUGCCUGUCGUGCCGCUGCGUACACGGCGCGUUGUCGUGCGCGAAACGCGCGUGCCCCGUACUGCCGUGUGCGCGCGCGCAGCACUACACGCCGCCCGGCGAGUGUUGUCCCAGGUGCUCGCAUCCCACCUCAGACAAGAUAUUGCCGAUUUCAGCAGCCGCGCCGUGGAAGCCCUGUAUCAUCGGCAAGGAGUACCACGCUCACAUGAUGCCAUUCCGAGUGGACCCGUGCACCGACUGCACCUGCAUGAACGGCACGGCUGUAUGCACGCGGCACACGUGCCCGGUGCUGACGUGCGGCGCGCGCGCACUGCCGCCCGCGCCCGGCAAGUGCUGCCCCGAGUGCCCGCACAUCGAACACGCCAAGGCCGCGUGUAUCAUUGGAAGAAAAACCUACCAGGAUGGAGAAACUUGGCAGUUAGACGCUUGCAAAUCUUGCGAGUGCCACAACGGCGAACCACGAUGUGCAAUGGAACGUUGUUCCAAUCUCUCCUGUCCUUCGGACCAGACUCUCCGCCAACUGCCUGGUGAAUGUUGUCCAAAAUGUGUCGAUAUGGACGGCAUCUGCACUGUCUUGAGAUCUCACUAUAAAACUUUCGACGGAAAGUUUUAUAGUUUUCAAGGAUCAUGUAAAUACCAACUAGCGUCAGAUUGUGUGAAUGGAACGUUUUCAAUAAGAAUUUCGAAUGAUGCCAGAAACACUUCACAUUCUUCAUGGACGCGUACUGCGACGCUUCGUAUUGGUUCGACAAAAAUCAAUAUGGGAAAGCGAAUGCGGAUAAAAGUAAAUGGUCGGCGGGUGACUCUACCUCACAGAAUCGAUGGAGUGGCGGAAAUCGUUCGCAGCAACGGCUCUGUGCUGCUUAAGUCCGAAAUUGGCGUUCAAAUGUUAUGGGACGGUGAUGGUUUUGAAGUGACUGUGUCCAGUGCCUAUAAAGGCAAACUGUGUGGUUUGUGCGGAAAUUUUAAUUCAGUCGCCAGGGACGAUAUGAAAACUCGCAACGGGAAGCUGUUGAACGACACGUGGAAGUUCGGCUCGUCGUGGCGCGUGGGUGGUACCAGAGCUUGCACUCGACGGCAGAAGCCUCCAGUCAAUACGCCGCUGCGCCAGUCCAAAUUGAGCAAAGCAAGAAGAUUGUGCCGAGGAUUUGUCCGAUACGAUGCCUUUAUGGAAUGUGGAACUAAAGUGAAUCCUCAUCAUUAUCAGGAGGCUUGUGAGUUGGACGCCCGCAGCUGCACAGGUACGCGGUGUCACUGUGCGGCGUACCGGGCGUAUGCGCGGGAGUGCACUAGGCUGGGCGCAGAGCCUGGGCCGUGGGCGCGCACAGCGUGGUGCGAGGGCCCGCUUGCCCCCUGGCUCGCGCGACGUGCUAAGGGCCCGGCUCGCGGCAGGGACAAGCAGCGGAACCUCAUGGAUCUGAGUGCCGUCGCCAAGCCGAGCGGAAACCGCGCACGCCCGCCUCCGCCCAUACUGCACUUAUAGAUCAACGCGGCGUGACCUCUACUAGUCAAAACUGCCAUUGUGGCAAUGCGAGAGUAUUAUGAGAAUCGGACACUGGACUGUACGUGGGUUGCAUCUAUAAGGCGCAGCCGGCUUUAUAAGGAACAAAGAUCUAUCUACUCAAACAGUAUUCAUAAAAAUAUUUCUAGUUAUUAAACGAGAUAAUAUAUUAUAACUAAGAUCACCUGUGAAGCUCACUAUUGCCUCGCAUUUACUGACCAGCUACAUGCUUCCAGAAGCUUGGUACUGCAAAACGUCACUUAUAAAUUACUGAAUUUGAACUACUUUUCGCUAUUUAGACCUGUUUUGUACACAUUUUUAUACCUAUAUAAUAUUUAAAAAUCAACUGCUGCUACAGGUAUUCAAAUGUAAAAAUGAUUUGCUUACAAAAAAACCAUAGAAUCGAACGUUAAUGUCGUUGUGUAGCAAAUAAACCCAAUAAACGAUAUAAAUCGUGCAAGAGUAAUGAAUAAAUCAAUGAACUAAUUUACCUUUAAGUAAUUUAUUUUAUAUUUACUGUUCAUCAGUAAGUUAUACCGUGUUGUUUUACAGUACGAGGCUAAUAAUAAGACACAAACACUAUUUUUGUAUGUCGAAACGUAUAAUGUAUGAAGACUAAUAGGUUUUCCUGUCUGCUGGCUGUAAUCUAUAUGACAGGUCAACACCUUAUUCACUUAAAUUAAGUAAUUUAAUACGUUCUUAUAUUAAACGUUUUUGUGAAUGUGAUAAUUAUUAGCUUUGAAUAUUUCAGACAGUAGAAGAACGUUCGAUAAAACAUAGUUCAAAUUAAGAUCUCAUCUGUAGGUAGUUCUUUACGAAAAUCUUAGAUAAAUCUAGCUAUCCGAAGCCAAGAAGCUAAUGAAACCGUAUGAGACAUGUACAUACGUAGAACAUAGUGCAUCAUACAUAAAUAGCGACUAAAGCGUAGUUAGUUUUAAUGUUUUUAUAAUAAUUGAAGACUCGAUGUAAAGCUUAGCUAUUAGAUACGUUACCAAUGAAUUUUAUUUUUGACUUUGAACUAUAAAGUAGGAAUUAUAACGUGAUUAUUAUUUAUUUCAAAGUGUACAAGUGAGGGAGUCGAAUCGUAUUGUUUUUUUGUUGUGAAGGUGCGAAGUGCCAUCGUAAGCGGCCAAAAAUCUUUAACCCGCGUAUGUGAUAAUGAUCCGUCAAAUGCUUGUUUGGAGAGGAUCGUCUACUUAAUUAUAUAAAACUAUUAUACUUGUUUUAGACUCUCAAUGUUAUAAGUAACUCGUGUAAUCGAAAAUAUUAUCAUAUUCUUAAUGUUUGUAUCCAGGCUGCUGUAUUUCCAGUUAUUUUAUUUAUUUCCGUAAGAUGUCAGCUGCAUUCCAUGAAACACUGCUGAACUGUCAUUCGCUUCAUUAUAAUUUAUUUUGAUUAAUAUUUAUUAAGAAUAAUUUCCUUAAACCUAUAUACAUAUUUGUCUCUUAAGUACACCCUUUUUGGUAUUAUUAAGCAAGGUCUACGUUUUAUGUAGGCUUCUAAGUUAUUUAAGAGAUUUAAUUUUGCAUACCUACUUAUUAAUCAAUGAAAUAUUGUCGACGAAGAAAUAUAAGCGAACGAAAAAAAUAUUUUCCUAUCAUUUAAUAAGAUUCGAUAAUUGAAUAAUUCUUUUUUCAAAAUAAAAAAUUAAAGCUUGCUUUAUGGUUCGAAUUGGGUAAGUAGGUAUGCGCAAUCGCCAUAUUAUUAUGUUUAUUUUGAUACAAGUGAUUUUAAGAGGAUAUAAGAUUAGAAUGUUAGAAAAAUGAUAACAGCUGCAUUGUUCUAUUUUAUUAUUAUAACGACACAACAAAUGGAAACUGAACUUUGUUUGCGUUGCUGAACAUUGUAAACGAUCAAAUAAGUUAAACGAACAAAGAAUUACGUAAUAAAUAAUUACUAUUCAA